AUGAUUCGAAAUGCUCUAGGCCGUGGGGCUAAACGGGUCCAGGCUCAAUCAGCCCAAGCCGAAGCUCCCCAAUUUGCAGAGGUCACCUGGUGGAAGGACCCAGGGUUAAGAAAGUUGUACUUCUGGUGUGCCAUCUUGAUGGCCAUGUCUGCGUCCACCGGUUUUGACGCGAAGCUUAUGAACACUUCCCAAGUUAUGGAUCAAUGGCAGAAUUCAUUUGAACAUCCGACUGGAGGACGACUUGGGAUCAUCGUUGCGAUUCUCGACAUUGGGUCUCUGUGCAGCUUCUGGAUGGUGCCAUUCUUUGCGGACAAUUAUGGCCGCAAGGUACCCAUCAUCAUCGGCUGUGUCAUUGAAACCAUUGGAGCAUUCAUCGGCGCUUUCUCGAGCAGCCAAGGAAUGUACAUGGCCGGUCGCUUCAUUCUCGGUUUCGGCAGUUCGUUCAACGGAGCCGGCCUUCUCAUCGCCGAGAUUGCUCAUCCCCAACACCGCGCCAAGAUUUCUGCCAUUGUUAACUGCAUGUACGGCGUUGGGUCGACAUUCUGCGCCUGGCUUGCACUUGGCACAAUCAAGAUUUCCACUGAGUGGUCGUGGCGGUCCUUGACCAUCCUUCAAGCGUUUCCUGGACUUCUUGUGCUGUCCCUCAUAUGGUGGAUACCGGAGUCCCCCCGUUGGCUUAUUGCCAAGGAACGUUACGAGGAGGCGGAACAGAUGCUUGCCAAUUACCAUGGGAACGGAGACAGAACAAACGAGACUGUCGCUUUUGAGUUCCGUGAGAUGAAGCAAACACUGGCUCUCGAAUUCCAACAUGGGAGGUCGAGCAGCUACUUGGAUUUUGCGAGAUAUGCUGGAAAUAGAUACCGAGUGGUCAUCUUGAUUUCGUUAGCAAUGGUGUCUCAAUACAGCGGUACUAAUCUGUUUUCUAAUUACGCCAAUAAGAUUUAUGAAGGCGCUGGUAUCAAAGACCAGACAAACAAAGUCCUCCUUAGCGGUGGCCAAACCUUGAUGUCACUCGUUGUAUCAGUCGGUUUCUCCCUCACUAUCGACCGCUUCGGUCGUCGGCCGCUAUUCCUUACCGCCACCACGGGCAUGGUUUUCAUGUACAUGGGCUGGACGAUUGUCAGUUCCCAAUACGAACGAACCCACGACUUGGCGAGAUUUGGUUAUCCACAGAUUGCCUUCAUUUGGCUCUUCAGUCUAUCGUAUCAAAUCGCGUGGACUGGCAUCAUGGCCGCUUACGCUCUGGAAAUCAUGCCGUAUAGCUUGAGAGCUAAGGCGGGAGUCAUCUCAACCAUUUUUGUCAAGGGAUUAAUUGUUCUGGGAAGCUACACCAACCCGAUUGCAUGGGACAAUUUCACAGCGGCAGGCCAUGCAUGGGUUCUUGCCAUGUUUUAUACCAUACUAGACUUCUGCUACCUGCUGUUCGUCUACUUCUUUUACCCGGAAACGAAGAACCUCACACUUGAAGAAGUUGCUAGAGUCUUCGAUGGAGACGACGCAAAGGUAGCGCGAGUGGAUAUUGAGGAAGUUAAGAAGGAGUUGGAGGAAGAGCAGAAGAAAGGAGCACAGGUUGACGUGAAAGCACUAUGA